UUGCCCCAUUCAUCUGGGCCUCUCUCUUUGUUCAAGGGAGUACCAUCUUCUUAGAUCCUAAGGCAGUCGUAUUCGACACUCAUCUCAAGUUGAGGUUUUUCCCUGGCAAACGAUUUUUCCAACUCACUUUUAGCGAGCAACAUGGCUGUUGACAAAAGCGAAAAAAUACCGAUUCCAGCUCGCAUUGCUCCCUCUCCUCCCUCUGCUCCGUCCAAAGUUGGCAAUCCCUCCUACAUCCCGCCCCCAGUUCGCAUUGAUCCCUCUCCCCCGCCCUCCUAUGAGUCGACGCAACCAAACUUUGGAGCUGCAAUGAGUCACGCCCCACCUAAUCCUAAACAACCACAAUGGCAACAACCCAUUCAACAACCACAAUGGCAACAACCCAUUCAACAACCACAACCGCAACAUGUGUCAGUGAAUAUACACAACACAUCAUCUUCUGCUCAACCCGCUCAGGUGGUCUAUGUCCCCAAUUUCGGUCAUCGACCCGUGAACAUGGUCUGUCCUCAUUGCAAAAUCCAUGUUCGUACCGGGACGGAAUCCGAAAUCAGAGCAAUUGCUUGGAUCUCUUGCCUGAUUAUGUUUUUUACUUUCUUGUGGCCUUGCUGCUGGGUUCCUUGCUGUAUGAGCAGUAUGAAGUCUGUGACACACAAGUGCCCCAAUUGCAAUCUCCAUUUGGGUCGUUACCAAGGAGACUGUUGUUGAUACGGAAUAUCCUUGGUCUUCUACGAUUACAGUAACUCAAUAGAUAGUCAUUGACCUCCGAAGACUGCUUUUUUGGAGCCUAAAGCCUGUGGACCGAUUUUCAAAUUUUUGGUGACGCAAGAACCUCUAGAAAAUCGAAACAAGCACAGUUGCAUUAUUUCCUUAUCACUUCUCCUCCAUCAAAUUGCGCCUGACUACGGUUUUGAAAAUUUAUGGUACCUGGCAUUUAUGCUCAACAUACUCAAGAUUCAAAUUGCUGCUCCGACCAAACUCAGGUUUUAGGUCCUUAAUGGGAAAUAAAGUCGAUUUUAUUAUCCAACUUCCAGUUGCCGAGGAAAGCAACCCGGCUCUUGAAUUUUGAGAGCAAAAAAGUGAACUUACGUAUUAUAUACACUUCAAGAAAUAAAGCAAAAAUAAAUCGUUA